UAAUGGUAAUGCAUAAUAAAUUAACGCGUUUGUGUACAUAUAAAUGAAGAUUGUCUGCGUAUAAGAUUCUUAUAAACAAAAUGAAUUUGCUCGUGAUGCAAGCCGCGUUCUUGACGUGUUUCGCGAAUCAUUUAAACCAAUUGCUUCAUAAUGCGAUAGACGCAAGCAAGUUAAUUUAUUGCACCAACGACGAAUCGCUCCUAAAUUAUUUAAAGGACAUCCCCAAAGUUAUCCACGAUCAAGGCGUCGAAAUGCAGUACAAACAUUCAGCUUCCAUCAAGUACGAAGUGUACAUUUUGCUAAUAAAGCAUUUGGAUUAUUUGGAAAGUUUGAGUAAAGAUCGCGCGUGGAAUUCCCGCGCCAAAUUCGUAAUCAUAGUUGAAAUUGCUUCGGAGGAAUUGCUGCACUUGUUGCGUAAACUGUACGUGUACAAUGUCGUCGUGCUAGCGGGCUUUUCCGGUGACGCGUUAACUUAUUUCCCGUACGAUGAAGAGGAUGUGUACGCAACCAACUCAACGUUCGUGCCAGUCAAUCAAAUUUACUUCCCGGAAAAGAUACCCAAGACAUGGAGAAACACGACCCUAUCUGUUUUAGUUGUCAAAUUGCCUCCUUACAUCAUCGACGUUGAAGCGCGAACGGGUUUGGAGCUUAAACUAGUUGAAGAAAUUUUCGUUCCCAAACUUAAGUUGAAAAUGGAGUACGUGGAUAUGAAGGAAUAUUGGGGAUUCAAGUUUCCGAACGGUUCCUACAAUAAACUGAAAAAAAUGAUUCUUAAUAAGGAAGGCGAUUUCGGAGUUGGAAGUUUCCACGUUCGUCAAUAUGAAAGCAUCGAAGAUUUCGAUGUAACCUAUCCCUACUUGAUGGAUUCCAUAGUGUGGAUCGUGCCGACAGCUCCAAUCAAAGUGCAAUGGAUCACUAUCGUAGACGUCUUUCCAAAAUCCACCUGGUUCUUAAUACUAAGCGUUUUACUAAUCUUAAGUUGCUUUUGGGUGCUUCUCAGCAAAUACGCAAUUUACGAGAACUCCUACUAUUCGGUGUGCUUCAACAGCUUCUGCAUACCGAUCAGGAUGAUCUUGAUGCAACUCUCGAACAAACCGAUCAAAUCUCAAUCAAAUAAAUUAAUAUUCGUUUCGACUUGGUUGUUCAUGAGCGUGAUCAGCAUCCUUUGGCAAGCUCAUCUAAUCAUUUUCUUGACCUACAACAUACACGAGCACCAAGUUCACACACCGAAAGAUAUUAUCAAAUACCGGUUACGCAUCAGAAUACCGAACACUAUAGCGCAGACUUUCUUGGAUUCGCAUUGUCCGACCGGAGAUUAUUUUUACAAGAACAACAAACCGGGCUUAUUGAAUCUCACUGUUCUCGAUGAGGUGGCUUAUGGUAAAGACACUGCGACCACUUUCAAUCUGAAAACAGCGCAAUAUUUGAUGCCCGCUUAUUUGAAUGAGGACGGUGAAGAUCUUUUGUACAUAAUCGAACGCGUUAUAAUGAGCGAAGGAGUGGUGAUGUUCUUCACCAAAGGCCAUCCCGUUUACCAAUCGGUUUCCGAAAUCUUGCUCCAAGCUAGAGCUGGAGGUUUAAUAAAGCAUUUAGAGGAUUCGUUUUAUUACACGCAGAACAGGACGAAAAAACAUAAAGAUAUAUUCGGUAUUAGUUCGCUUAAUUUGAAACACGUGAAGGGUAUAUUCUUAUUAUACUUUAUUGGAAAUUUGUUGGCUGCAGCAGCCUUCGUCUUGGAAAUUAUUUAUCCAACGAUUUCCAGUAAGCACCGCUUGUAAUCUCCGGAUGUAUCG